UGGGUUACGUUGAGAAUCGCGGAGCGGGGAGGUUCGCGGGGCUGCGUGGGUAGGAUAUAGGCGGUUUGGAAAUUCGUGCGUUGUAAGUUGGGAUUCAUGCGUAGGUGUUUGGCCCAAAUAGGACAUACUCUUGAGGCUAAAAAGGGACUAUAAUGGACACCCAAAAGGACGUUCAACCCCCAAAGCAGCAGCCAAUGAUAUAUAUCUGUGGAGAAUGUCACACAGAAAAUGAAAUAAAAUCCAGGGAUCCAAUCAGGUGCAGAGAAUGUGGAUACAGAAUAAUGUACAAAAAAAGGACUAAAAGAUUGGUGGUUUUCGACGCCCGAUGAAACGUGAAUUCAGAAGAUUGUCUUCAUUUAUAUUUGGAUUUGCCCCAUUAGUAUUUCUCAUUACUGUAUAUAUAUUUCUGUUUAGCAUACAGUAAUACUCGCCACUUAUCCUCAUGGGAUAUUUUAUUUUCCAAAACCCUUAGUGGAUGUCUGAAACCUCAGAUAAUACCAAAUCCUAUAUACAUUAUGUUUUCCUAUAUGUACAUAUCUGUGAUAAAAUUUAAUUUAUAAAUUAGGCACACUAAGAGAUUAACAACAAUAACUAAUAAAAUACAAUAAUUAUAACAAUAUACUGUAAUAAAAAAGUUAUGUGAACAUA